GCGGCCGGGGCCCGGCAGCUCCCCGAGCCCGCUGCCCCCGUGCUGCCUGUCUGCCCAGCCCGCCGGCCGGGGCCCGCUGCUGCCCUGUGGAUGAGCCACAGGACGUCCUCCACCUUCAGAGCGGAGCGGAGCUUCCAUUCCUCCUCCUCCUCCUCCUCCUCCUCCUCCUCCUCGGCCUCCCACAGCCUCCCGGCCCAGGACCCACCCAUGGAGAAGGCCUUGAGCAUGUUCUCCGAGGAUUUUGGCAGCUUCAUGCGGCCCCACUCAGAGCCCCUGGCCUUUCCAGCACUCCCCACAGCCCGUGCUGGGGGGCCAGGCAACAUCAAGACCCUGGGAGAUGCCUACGAGUUUGCUGUGGACGUGAGCGACUUCUCACCUGAGGACAUCAUUGUCACCACCUCCAACAACCACAUCGAGGUGCGGGCUGAGAAGCUGGCAGCCGACGGCACCGUCAUGAACACCUUCGCUCACAAGUGCCAGCUGCCUGAGGACGUGGACCCCACGUCGGUGACCUCGGCCCUGCGGGAGGACGGCAGCCUCACCAUCCGGGCCCGGCGCCAGCCCCCCACAGAGCACGUGCAGCAGACCUUCCGGACGGAGAUCAAGAUCUGAGGCCGCGCCUGCCCCACCCCCAGCUGCCCCGCGCCGUGUUCUCCCCACUGGCCAGCCAGAGUGGCUCUCCUGACCCCUCGUGACAGCGCUGGGGACAUGUCAGCCCAGGUUCCGGGCCCUGACACCCCACCCCACCCCAGACCCCAGGUGGGCCAUCCCCACCCCCAAAUGAGGGCCUCUGCUCUACCCAGGGCAGGCCGGGGACCCCCCGCCUCACUCGUGGCCCCCAGAUUGCAGAUGCAGCCUUAAUCCAGAACAAAGGGUUUGGGAUGGGAACAGGGGAUCCCAGAGAACCCGGUUUGGAGAAGGGGCUUGGGACAGGCAAUCUGGACAAAUAAUCUGCAGGACAGACAGACAGACAUAUUCUUUCACCUUUGGAGUUUCUGCAGGGCAGGGGAACUGGACACCCGGGACCCCCUUGGCCAAGGGGAGCAGGAGGGCGGAGGGAGAUCGCUGGCAGAGGUGCCCAGAAAACCAAACUGCCCAGGCACAGAGAGGCCAGGAGACAGCCCUAAUGGUCCGCUUCCCCGUGGCUGCUCUCCAAGCCAGAGCCUGCUGCCAGGCUGCCCGCCCACAAGGUGCCCCAUCCAGGCCACUGCCCCCGGGCAGGGCCAUGUUGUGUCUGUAUAUAGACGGGGUUUUUCCAAUACAGCUGGUUCGUGAUAAACGGUGUGAACCCUCUGUUACCUGCUCACGCCUCCAGGGAAGGCUGGGCCGAGGGGCGGGGCUGACCCUUCCUCCUCCCACCCGGAGACCUGGGCUCCCAGGACUGUCUCCACUGCAGACAAGUACCCAACAAGAGGAAGUAUGGAUGGGGCUUGAGUCCUCAAGGUAGGAUCCCAGCUUCCCGCCAACCUUCCCUUGUGGCCGUCCGCCUCCCCCAUCCUCCCUAUCUAUAAUCUGUGAAAUUAUAGGCAUGGCGUAUGUGUAUAGCACACACACACACACAUGACACACACACAUGCCUGGUUACCCUUGUCCUUCAAAUACAAAGCGUUACCAUUGGUUGCAGCCAAAUUCAGAACAUUCUAUUUUUCUUUCUCAAUUUUUGGUCACACCCUGCAGCCUGUUGGGCCUUAGUCCCCUCAGCUGAGAUUGAACCCUCACCCACUGCGUGGGAGGUGGAGCCUUAACCACUGCCACCAGGAACGUCUCAGAACACUCUAAAAUCAGGUGUACAAUCUCCACUUGUAUCAGUGGGGACAGAGUCUGAGCAGCUGAGCGGCCAGCUUGCCCACUGAAGGCUGGGUGUGGACCCAGGAUGUCAGAAGCCGCUCUCCAACCACCCGAGCCCCUCCACGCAGAGGGGAAAGCUCCCCAUUCUGCCUUUCAGCCCUGCACUUGCCCCACAGCUUCCUGUUAGAGAAUGCCCCACCCCAGUCCCUCCUCAUCCCAGGCCCCGCCAAGGACCUCCUGCCAGCCUCCAUUCUGGGGACCCCCAGCUGCCCCCCCACAACCUGGCGCAGCCUCCCACAUUCAGAGGCAGGGCUGGGGGGUGCAGCAGGGGGCCCUGGCUCUGUGAGGUGGCCUCAGGGGACGAUGGGGGUGGGGGAGUCCUGGCGUUGUAUCCUGCACACACAAUAAACAGCAGAAUCUCUGGCUCUGGA